AUGGCUUUCAACCUCGUCCAUUCGCAUGCGGGGGCCGAACAGGGACCAGAGCUAUCCGAUGUCUUUACUGAUAGCUCCUACGGCGGACAAUGUCCAGUUGCUAACAGCAGUUUCAAGGAAAUCGGCUUCAAAGGUAUAGCUGGCGAUGCUAACAUCCGCCUCCUUCCCACCCCUUGGCCUGAAGACGCCCUUCCCUCGACAACAUCUUCCUUGUUGGCUGUCGCGCAGAGUAAAGGAGUGGUAGUUGCUGCUGGGCCUAACGCCCUUGUGGUCGCAAGCUCCGACUCGAUCAGAAAAGCUAUCCAAGCGUCGACCGGAGAAGAAAAACUCAAAACAAAGCCCUUCCAGCCACAGAACACGAUCCCUCUUCCAGCGCGCCCUACCCAUGUGGCAUUUACAGCCAACGAUGAUGCUUUGAUCUUAGCCUCGGAGAAUAGUUCACAGAUCUCUGUUUUUCAGACUACAGACCUUGCACAGGCGAAUGCGCAGCCGGCGAUAUCUAUCCAGACAAACGGCGCAACUAUCCGCACCCUUUCAACCAACCCAGAUCCCACCUCUACUUUAGUGGCGCUUGUCACAGUAAAUGGUGAACUAUUGAUCGCCGAUCUGAAAGCCGGCAACUUGGUAUCUGGUGCCAAUGGCCCCAUUCUAAGGAAUGGAGUCAGCAGUGUGGCUUGGAGUAACAAAGGAAAGCAACUUGUCGCUGGAAUGGCAGAUGGAACUGCUGAUCAAAUGACGCCCGAUGGGACCAAUAAAAGCUUGAUUCCUCGUCCGACUGAUUUAGAGGGCGACUGUCAUGUCUCUUCUAUAUCUUGGCUUGAGAAUGAUGUGUUUUUCCUGGUCUACACCCCAAAUGCCAUUGAGGAUGAUAUGGGCAUGAAUCCAGCAUCGUCUUACUAUAUCAUCACAAGACGCAAACAGGCGCCUUUCCUCACACAGAAGUUGCCCGAAGUUUGCUCCACCAUGGGCUUUGCCCUAAAGCGUUCACCCGCAUACAAUUUCAUUAUACGACUCCGAGACUACAAGCCAGCUUUAAAGGAUGUCUUGAUCAUAUCAUCAACCGCAUCUACCGAUGUUGGUAUUAUCACAAGAUCGGAGCAGCCACUGGCGAAGGAUGAUGCGGCCCAAGCCCUUGUUGGCCAAUUCACAACGACAGAAGUGAAUGAUGAUGCUAAGAGAGCAUCAGUGCCGUUGAAAGAUUCCGUGGACGAGACUUCUGUCAUUGGUCUGGCUGCCGAUCUUUCUUCCGGUGAAAAUGUCAUUGCACCUCUUGCCGGCGAAGAUAUAUCAGAAAGCUCCACUCCACUCCCCGGGCUUUUCCUUCUGAAUAAUGACGGAAUUCUUUCGGCUUGGUGGUUUGUCUACUCCGAUGCCGUUCGCCAGAAACUUCCGUACUCUGGCUUGGUGUCUGUUCCUCAGUCUUCCCUGGCAGCUUCGCAGAUGCAGACCGCUGCUCCUACACCGGCCGCAGCGCCGGCACAGCAGCAACAGUCAGGAUUCGGACAGUCAGGAUUUGGCGCACCGUCAGCUUUGGGUUCAUCGGCCUUUGGCACGCCUUCAGCCUUGGGCUCAUCUCCCUUCGCGAAGCCAUCAGGUGCGAGCUUUGGGAGCCCAUCUACCAUGGGGGCGUCGACUAUGGGAGCAACCGCUUUUGGAAAGCAAUCUGCACCGGCAUUUGGCAGUACAUCUCAAAUAGGCGGAUCUACUCCAGCCUUUGGUACAGCAUCAACGCCAGGCCCCUCAUUCGGAACCCCUUCCCAGCCUGGAGUUGGAUUCGGCUCAGCGAGCACUCCUGCAAAGCCGCAGUUCGGACAAUCUGGACUCGGUGCAGGAUCUGGUUUUGGACAGCCUAGUUCUGGGGGUAAAUCACUCCUUGGAACUGGAACCGGAACAUCUGGGGGUGGCUUCGGUGCAUUCUCUUCCGGGGGCGGUGGCUUUGGUGGUCUUGCAGCAUCCAAGCCUACUGAAUCACCCUUUGGAAAACCUGCCGAUUCGCCCUUUGGCAAUCCUGCAGGACAGAAUGCCUUUUCAACAGCUUCAACAUCUUCCCCAUUCGGAACCAAGCCACAAACAGGUACAUCAUUCCCUCCCCCUUCGAAUGAAACGAAAAAUCCGGUGCACAACCCGUUCGGUGGGGGUGGAUUCUCAUUGGGGUCAUCCUUCAAACCGGACGGUACAGCUGCUACCGAUGAUAUGAAGGCCGACAAGCAGUCCUCUGGGGCGUUAUCUUUUGGCGCAUCUUUCGAUGACAUGGUAUCAUCACCUAAUAAGACAAGUCCCCAGCCAGAGUCAAUGGAUGAUGCGGAGGACUCUACUACUGUGCCUGCACCUGCAGAUACUCCAAAGUCCGAGCCAUCCUCAUUAUUUGGCAAGCCGUCCGCCCCGGUCACCAAUCCCUUUGGAAAACAGACGCCUGGCCCCACCUCUUUGUUUGGGGUGCCUUCACCCCUGCCUACGCCUGCCAGUUCUACCAGCACUACCGAGACGACCAAAUCCAGUUUCUCGUUUGGAAAUAAUACGACUACUCAGCCCACUUCUCAAUUUUCAAACCAAAAUCAGAUUACAAGUCCUCUUUCGGCUCCCUCCGACAAAACAGCUACACCAAAGAGGGAACCGUCUGUCUCUACGCCUACAUUUCCUUCUUCAUUCGAUGAACCCUUGCCCCCUGACCCUACUAGCAGGGAUAGCUAUGCACCUGGCGAUACAUCGGCAUCCUCUAAUGUUUCUAAGAGCUCAAUUGAGGAUGCGCCACUGCCUCCCGAUUUUGCUAUUCCGGAGAAAUUAUCAUUCAAUGACAAGGGUACUUUGGCCGAGAAGAAGACUUCACCCAAGGUGGAAGACGCUCCACUUCCCCCGGAUUUCGUGACUCAAAAGAAGCCUGUGCUACAGGACGAUGCCCCUCUCCCACCUGACUUCACCAAGAAAUCGGCUAAAGUCGACGACGCUCCUCUUCCGCCUGAUUUCAUCAAGAAGCCGUCUAAAGUCGAUGACGCACCCCUCCCACCCGACUUUGUUGGAAAGCCAAAGAAGGCCUCGAGCGUAUUAGAUGCUUCCUUGCCCCCAGCAAUCACCAAGUUCACGGCAAAAGCUGUCCCCAUUCCUGAUGACUCAGAUGCAGAUUCAGAACAGGAUGACGACGAGUCUGAUUUCUCCGAUAGCGGUGAGGAAAUUACGCAUGAUGAGACCAAAAUCCCAAGCCCUAAACCCUCGGCAGAAAGCUCAUUUGGUGGACUUUCUGACAAGAGUUCGACUGGGGGUUUCUUUAGUGGAUUUAAUAAGACCGCCCAGAAGAAACCACAGCCAUCUAGUCAGUUGUUUGGUGAGAUUUCGAGGCAGCCUGUGCUGCCACCACCCAGCUCUCUAGUCCAAAGCGGGCGUGAGCCAUACCGAUCUCCCAGUCCUACUCGCGUUAAUUCUCAAAAGAACACUCUGUUCAAAAGCCGGCCUGCACAACCAGCUGGAAGUGCGCUGCAUGCUCGGAAGGCUUCUUUGACGCAGCUCGCUCAACAAAGGGGUGGGCAAAUGAGAAGAUCCAGCGAUGCUGCUCGCGAGGAACAGGCCCGCGCUCAUCAAGCAGCACAGAAAAGGCAGGAAGAAGAAGAGGCUCUCUCUCUAUCUGACGAUGAUGAGGACGAGAGACUUCGCGCUGACCUUUCUCGGCCAGUCGAGCCUGUUACCACUUUGGACCCUUUCUUACCUCACCAAAAUUACACGGGAGAGACUGCCAAGCCUGGUCUUCCAGGCAUGAUUGAACGAUUGUACCGCGACAUCAACUCUAUGAUCGAUACACUGGGCAUCAAUGCUCGUUCUUUGGAAUCGUAUCUUCUUUAUCAGCAAGGUUCCCAGACUUCGGGCACUGACAAGCUAGUGAACGUUCUUCAAAGCGAACAGCCUUCCAAUGUGUUGGAUGAAAAUUUGUUCUUGCAGGACAUCAGCAAAUUGGAUGAUGCCGUAGCUUCUCUGGGUAACUCUCUUAACAAUCAGCGUGUACAAGGAGUCGAGGAAAAGCUGGACCAGUGCCGUCAGCUGCUGACCAAGGAGAUCAUAACCCUCCGUAGCCAGUGUGCUAGUAUUCGCAAGACUCUGGAUGCACACACAGAUACCGGUGCUAUUCUUGUCGCCCCCCUUUCCGCCGAACAUGCUACUCUUCAACAUGACCUGCGGAGCACAUUUACGGAGAUUCAGAGCAAGAUGGCAGAUUUGGAGCAAAGCGUCUCUAUGUUGCGAGCGAGAAUCGCCGACAUUCCUCGUGCUGAUGGUGACUCACGACAGUCAUCUAAGCGCCCGACCGUCGAAGCCGUCACUAAGACCAUUGCUACAAUGAUGGGUAUGGCUGAGAACAAGAGCAGCGACAUCGAUGUUCUUGAAGCUCAAAUGCGGAAGCUAGGCGUUGAUAUUUCCAACACUGUUCCUAACAGCCGCGAGGGGUCGCCUUUCACUACUCCACGCAAGAACACUGGACGUUUCCCAAGCACGCCCGGCUCGCGCGGGUCCGUGGAUCAAAGCGCUUACCAUACACCUGAGUCUGCUUCUCGCGGUGUCAACUUCCGGCUCAGUAUCAAUGGCUCUGCCAAACACAGCCGUCUUCGGAGCGUUGAGAGCAUCGCACCUGCCAUUGCGCAGGAGGAGAGUACUCGAUGGAAGAUUAAGGCUCAACGUCGCCAGCAUCUAAUUGGAAACCUGAAAAAGGCCAUUGAAAAGAAGGAAGUGAAGGUGCGCGGCGUGGAUGAUUUAUAG